GGCAAGGGCUGUGCCCGUGCACCGUCGGUCCCGUAAGCCGAGCCUCGGUGGUACACGGUGUUAUAGGCUGAAGCAAACCUCGGCUCUUCGGUCAACCCCAUAAGGUUGACCCGACACCUCGCAGGACACCCGCAGCCAAACCUCCAGGCAGUGACACCCGACACAUGAGCGCCUUCCCCCGCGCAAAAAAAAAUCCGCCUUUCCCGGCGCCAAAGGUUCCCGCCCCUCGCCGGUGACCCAGGGCGGGGGAUGCACGGAACGACCCUGCCGCAGCAGACUCGGCCGCGGCCGCACGCCUCCCUGCCAGCUCACUCACAGUACUUUGCAACUGGCUCUUAUUUUGGCUGGCAAUGUCUUCAAAAGGAAAGAGAAAGAGCUCCACUUCAAUUAAAGAAGGAAUGAAGAAGCAAAGGAGAACCAUCAAUCUUGAUUUGAAAAUGAAGAUCAUCAAAGCACAUGACGAAGGGAAGAAGGUAAACAUUAUAGCACAAGAAGAAGGGCUGGCCCAUUCCACCAUCUCCACUAUUCUGAAGGACAAGGAAAGGAUCAAAAAAGCGAUUAAAGGAGCAUCAGGAACAGAUGCCAUUAUAACAAGACAUCGAACAGGCCUCAUCCACGAAACAGAAAAACUACUACUACUUUGGAUUGAAGAUCAAAUCCAAAAGAGGAUUCCGAUUAGCCUUUCUCUCAUUCAGGCAAAGGCGCGCAGCAUUUUCACAACACUGAAGGAGAGAACGGGUCAGGAGUGUACUGAAGUGUUCACUGCCAGCCGUGGCUGGUUUAUGCGGUUUCAGCGAAGAUUUAAUUACCAUAGCACACGCAGGUCACGUAAAGGUGCAAGUGUUGAUGAAGCUGCCAAACGUUUCCUGGAUGAACUUGAUGAUAUUAUUGCAAAGGGGAGCUAUUUGCCUGAACAGAUAUUCAAUGUGGAGGAAACCUGGUUAUUCUGGAAAAAAAUGCCAGACCGGACCUAUAUCCACAAAGAGGCCAAAGCAAUGCCUGGAUAUAAAACAUUUAAGGAGAAAGUAACCUUGCUAUUGGGUGGAAAUGUCUCUGGAUUCAAGCUGAAGCCAUUUCUGGUCCACAAAUCGGGGAACCAUCGUGCAUUCAAAAACGUAUGCAAGCGCAAACUGCCUGUUUAUUACCGAUCCAAUCAGAAGGCUUGGAUGACACAAGUCCUCUUUGAGGAUUGGUGUAUGAAUUGUUUUAUACCUCAAGUAAAGGAAUAUUGCUUGCAAAAAAAGAUUCCUUUUAAAAUUCUCCUGCUCCUUGACCACAGACCUGGACAUCCCCCACAUCUCCACAAUAUCUACCCAGAUGUAAAAGUGGUUUAUCUACCCAAAAACACCACCCCUCUCUUACAGCCUAUGGACCAGGGAGCUAUCGCAAUAUUUAAAGCAUACUAUUUACGUGCAAUGUUUGUCAAAGCCAUCGAUGUAAUGGAGGAGGAUAAGAGGGUGACAUUGCGUGAGUUUUGGAAAAACUACAAUAUCCUCCAUUGCAUCAAAAACAUUGCAGCCGCGUGGCAGGGUGUCACUAUGAAAUGCAUGCAAGGGAUUUGGAAAAAGUGUUUAAAAUGUUUUCCUGCUCUGGUAAAUAAUUUUCAAGGGUUUGACCAUAACAGAGAUUUGGAUGAAAUAAAUAAGGAAAUUUUGACCCUCAUGAAAUCCCUUGAUUUAGAAGUCAGUGCUGAAGAUGUGAAAAGUUUGAUAGCCUACACUGAGGGAGAACUUUCAAAUGAAGAUUUAAUCGAACUGAAAGAAGAAUUGGAAGCACGAAGGAUCAAAGAAGAGGAGGAGGAAGAGGAGGAGGAGGAAGAAGAAGAAGAGGAGGAGGAGGAAGAAGAGGAGGAGGAGGAGGAAGAACCAGAGGAAGAACCAGAGGAGGAAGAGGAACCACCAGGGGAGGAACCAGAAGAGGAGGAAGAAGAAGAGGAGGAGGAGGAACCAGAAGAACAACCAGAGGAGGAAAAGGAAAAAAAUGUAGAAAUUCAGUCCAAAAAGUUCAAUGUGAAAGCAUUGGCUGAUGUUUUCUUGGGUAUUAACCAAAAUUUAUCAAAAUUACAAAGUAUGGAUCCAAAUAUAGAAUAUUUUGGAAAGGUGUAUCAGGAUAUGCAUGAAAUCCUAAGGCAGUGGUUCUCAACCUCUGGGUCGCGACCCCAUUUGGGGGUCGAACGACCAUUUCACAGGGGUCACCAAACAACGCAGUCCGCCAUUUUUUUUUCCCCUUUUCCUUAGCUGUGCU